AUGGAGAUGUAUAUAAUAGAGCUCAAAAGUAAAGUGCUCCAGGGAUCAAUUAUGUGUAUAGUUGAUCAUUGUAGACCAAUGAGUCUUGAGGGGAGGGGCAGACCAUCCUAUUUGGUCUCUCCACAGGCAUGCUCCAUCAAUAUUCUCAAUGGAAAAAAUAACCAGAAUGGGAUUCACAAAAAUUCAUAUAACUGGACAGUACAUCUAAGCAGUCCAUCAGUAUUACUAGAUACUGGUAUACAGGAUUAUUAUUGUACAUUUGCUAGAGACCUACGCAGUCACUUGAGUGGUAUCCACCUGCUUAUCCUCUACAUUUCACAUUCAUUAUAUCAUUUAUCUCUACCUCUGAUGCUCACGACUCGACAUCCCGACUGCACAUCUUUUACCUCUGCCAUGCCUGAUAACAAUUGGGGCAUAUUCUUUUCAUUUGAUUGCAAGGGUCUAGCUGAGCAAAAGAAGAACCAUCCUCCAGUAGGGGCUAUAAGCGAGAACAAACUCUGCCAAGAGCUUUGUGGCCAAGAUGUGUCGUCUCAGCUUGCGUGCCACACCUUCCACCUAAACAAACCAACUGUCUUCACCCUCAACAAUGGGCACAAGAAGGUCAUCAAGAGCGUCAUUUCGACCGAGGACAGGGAGGAAGCUGUUGAUGAGCCAGAUGAGGCAAGUGAGGUUUAUUGGAACAAAAAAUCGGGAGAACAGUACUUCCCAACAAGAGAGGAACUGCAGAGCAUGGCCAUAACCUACGCCUCAAACUUCAUCGGUCAUAACAUCAACAAAGACUCCAUUUCUAAGCUCAUGGACGAGAAUAACCUCUAUAAAACAGGCACUGAAAUUGUUGAGUAUCAUAAGAAUUUCUGGUUGUUGUUACAGGAUCAUGAAUUUUUAAUGUCAUAUCUUUUAGAAGAGUUCAGGUUAUUCCCUCGUGUAUUGGGGACAUGCAGUUCAUACUAUGCUGUGGAGUACCUAACGCCUCUCACAGAGAAUGCAAUGAGGCCAUUUAGCCUUACCUGGCGGGAGAGGUUGUGGAAGGGCUUAGACAUCCUUCGAUAUAUAAGGAAAUUAGAAACCAUCUACACAGAACACAUUCAUCUGUGUGACAUAAAGCACAGUCAUUUUGGCUGGAAUAAGUCUGGUAAUGUGAUGUUCCUGGAUUUGGAUUCGGUUUUGCCAGAGAAUGCUCUUCUCAAGAUCAUGGAAAAUACACCUUCUUGUUCUGAAGACGAAGACUGCUCCUACUUUGACUGCAAAGGCAGGUGCCAUCUCAGAACGUCAAAGUGCGAAUUGGAAAGGGUGAACACUAAUCUUCAAGUGGUGUGUGACAAAGUUUUCUUAGGGAACACUGACAGUGUCAUAUCUCUCUAUGGAUUAUUGGUUUCCUAUGAAGGCAAUGAGGAGUUGAGUGAGGCCCUUGAGUUGUGCAAAACAAACAAAGGUAUGACCGUGGAUGGUAUGCUUGACGUCUUGAUUAGGGCAUCCAAUCACCUCCUUUACUAGUUGUUGGAGUCUAGUCCUAUGUGAUGCAAUAUUGGAAUUUUCUUUCAUGAUUACU